GAUCUGAAGCGGAUCACGUGCUCCACGGACUGCCCUUGUCUGGAGAGGCCACGUGGGUGCCUUGCGGGGGGAUGUUUUGUAUCCGGCAUGGCUGAGAAGAGAUCUACAGGAGGACAGCAGUUUCUGCUGCUGUUGAUCAUCUCUGUGGCCUUCGUGCACCUAGCUGUCUGCCCGUUUGCAAAAGUGGAAGAGAGCUUCAAUCUUCAGGCCACCCACGACAUCCUUUGCCACAAACUGGACUUUGACAAGUAUGAUCAUCACGAAUUUCCUGGCGUCGUCCCGAGGACGUUCCUUGGCCCGUUGUUUGUUGCGCUGCUUUCCAGCCCAGCCGUCUAUGUGCUGUCGCUGCUGCAAAUGUCUAAGUUCUACUGCCAGCUGAUAGUCCGAGGAAGCCUGGGGCUGUGCGUGAUUUUUGCCUUGUGGCGAUUGCACAAAGAAGUGAGAAAGCAGUUUGGUCCGACCGUCUCCAUGAUGUUCGGUCUCAUAACUGCGACGCAAUUCCACCUGAUGUUCUACUGCACUCGAACGCUCCCCAACAUUUUUGCGCUACCCGCCGUUCUACUGGCAGUUACGUCCUGGAUUCAGCAAAAGCAGCGCUCGUUCAUCUGUUUCUCAGCUUUGGCCAUUAUUGUCUUCAGAUCAGAGCUCUGCAUAUUCCUGGGCCUUAUGCUUCUGAUAAACCUAUUUAAUAAAAGGCUCUCCUUUGUGAAAAUGCUUUCCUAUAGCGUUCCUGCAGGGGCUCUCUGGCUAGGACUCACCGUAGCCUUGGAUUCCAUGUUGUGGAGGCAGCUUCUGUGGCCCGAGGGGAAAGUGCUUUGGUAUAACACCGUUUUAAAUAAAAGUUCCAACUGGGGAACUUCUCCUUUCCUGUGGUAUUUUUAUUCAGCCAUGCCUCGUGCCCUGGGUUGCAGCAUUAUAUUCAUACCACUAGGUGCAGGAGAGAGAAGAACUCGAAUAUUACUUCUACCCACACUUGGCUUUAUUUUCCUGUAUUCCUUUCUCCCACACAAAGAACUGCGGUUUAUUAUAUACACUUUCCCAAUCUUCAAUGUUGUGGCUGCCAAAGGCUGCUCACGAAUUCUAAACAACUACAAGAAGUCUUGGUUGUAUAAGUUGGCGUCUCUCUUUGUUGCAGUACACCUUCUAGCUAAUGCUGUCUACUCGGGAGUAUCGCUGUAUGUUUCCCACUUCAAUUAUCCUGGAGGAGUCGCCAUGCAGAAACUGCACCAGUUAGUGUCUCCAACGGCAGAUGUUUCCGUCCAUAUCGAUGCAGCUGCAGCGCAGACAGGAGUGUCUCGGUUUUUAGAAGUCAAUUCGCAUUGGAAGUAUGACAAACGGGAAGAUCUCAUGCCAGGUGACCCACUCAUGUUUUCAUACACACAUAUACUUAUGGAGAUGAACCCUGUUGACUUGUCACAUUACGAGAAGACUCACAGAGUGCUGGCGCACAUACAUGGGACUAAUGGGAUCGGAUUGAAUUUUACUGCACUGCCUCCGGUUUCUUUGAACUUGAAAUGCAAAUUAGUAUUGUUGGAAAAGUUUCCCACGUCGGCCGGAACGUAAUUUUGCAAACAAGCGUCAUGUACGUUGCAAACUGGAACGCAGUGGAUGUGGAAGACCGAGAGAACCCCUCUACUCCCCUUUCUUGCGAGAGGAUUGCAUAGACGUGCAUUUAUAUGUCAAUAUAUAUGGCACCAGCUAUAUGUAUUUCCACGCAACUGAAACCCGAUACAAAAUAUAUAUAUAUAGUGCCAAUGGUCGUUUAUUGUGUGUCCCACAAAGAUGUCAUGCACACUUUGAAACAUCUGACAGAUGUGUUGUGUUUUUAUGUUAUUUCUUGUGCGUUUACGUAAAUGUGAAAGGCGAAAAACUGUCUGUCCCCCUGUCUCCCUACCUUCCGCAACCGAGUGCUCGGUAAAAACCUUUGUUGUAAGGGACUACAGCAGGCAUCCCCAAAGUGCGGCCCUCCAGAUGUUUUGGCCUACACCUCCCAUGAUCCUUAGCUAACAGGACCAGUGGUCGGGGAAGAUGGGAAUUGUAGUCCAAAACAUCUGGAGGGCCAAAGUUUGGGGAUGCCUGUGACUACAGCAUCUAAAAUUUAAAUUUGUUCUGGGCUUGCUCUGACUAUCUGAUUGACUACACGGUGUAGGGAAGCAGGGUUGCCCAAAGUAUCUGUUUUUCUGGAUGGACACGUCUAGGUGUCACAUUUGAAUAGCCUCUGCAUGCAAGAAAUCCAACACGCAGAUGCCAAAGCUUGUAUGAUAAAAUCUGUGAUGUGACUGUGCUUGAUGCUUGUAUCUAUUGGAGGUGCAAAGGCACAAUUCAAACACGACAGCCUUAUGUGCUGGGCACAAAUACAGGAGUUUUAACGUUCAGUGUGAACCCAUUCCCUUUAUCCUGUUACCUGUAACAUUCCUGAACUAGCUCCCUAGUCUUUUUGCAAGCAGGUGACUGUUGAAUGAUUGUGUAAAAGUGUCAUUAUUGUGUCAUUGUUUCACUGUACCUUUAAGAGUCAGGAAAGAUUUAGUGACUGGGGCUCUGCAGCUGUGGAGCAGCUCGACAGGUGUUGCUGCGAAGUUGAUGAUGCAGGGUAUAUCAGGGGUAUUGUGUGUUGCCUCUGUGCUGGGCGAUUUCCCAGUGUGCUCUUGGUGGGUGGUUUGGUUGUGUGGGUGUUUUGUGUAAGCCUAAUUUAAUUUCUGUUAUUUUUACUUUCUCCCUUAAACCAAGCAUUUGUUUAAGUCUUGGUAUGACUCUAUGUGUAAGUCCCUCAGCCAGUUUCUGCUGAUGCAACUCAAUUGCUUCUAACCCUAACAUGGAGGAGCCCCUCAAAAAAGAAAAUCAAGGUAACACCUUCAAGGUGCUAAUGAGAGCUAUCCAAACAAAAAUUAGGAGUAAAAUACCACACCACAUUUCAUAGAAACAUCAAAUGCUGAGAGUUGGGACAGAGGAUCAUCUGCUUUGACCCCCCCUGCAAUACAGGAGUAUGCAGCUGCCCCAGACAGAGAUCGAACCUGCAACCUUGGCGUCAUCGCCACCAUGCUCUCCCCAACUGAGCUGGGAUUUUUGUGUGCGUGUUUUAAUCACUGUAACUAAUUUUGCUAAUUCUGGCUGCAAAAUGCAAAGCCUCAUUAAUCCGUCGUCUCAGCAAAGCCACCUUUUAAUAAAGCCAACAUUUUUCCUUGCUUGUUUUAAUUUUGAAAAUGUGGUGCUUUUCAAGUGGUACAGAAAUACAGUGGGAACUUUAGCGAUUGCAGCACAUUUUCAGUGUGACCACAAUACGGCACCUCGUGGAAAGAAAUGGGUUU